CGCCUCACGAGCUCAAGAUGCCGUUCGUGCACGUGACCAGCAACGUCCCCAAGGCCAGCGUGGACGUCCCCGCCGCUCUGCGCGUGCUGUCCAAGGCGCUGUCGGCCGCGCUGGGCAAGCCGGAGGCCUACCUCAUGGUGCAGCUGGACCUGGACACGCCCAUGCUCUUCCAGGCCUCGGACGCGCCGUGCGCCUUCAUCCACAUCCGCAGCAUCGGCCGCAUCGGCCCCGACCUGAACACCAAGACGGCGGCGUCCCUGACCGCCACGGCGGCGGAAGCGCUCAAGCUCCCGGCCGACCGCAUCUUCCUCAACUUGGACGACGUGGAUGGCGGGAACUGGGCCAUGGCCGGCAACACCCUCGGCUAAAGUGGACGUUGACUGAGGAGGUGGCUAACCGUGGCUUACCUGUAAGUGGAGUAUUGAAUUUGGACAAUCAACAUUUUGGUUGAACUUAAACUGGAUUGUUGAAGCAAUUUGCUCAAGAUCCGUUCGAUACCC